GCUGCCGCCGCUCCCCGACGCUCCCCGUGCAAAUGGGCUCCCCUUUCCCCAGCCACUGUUUUGACUGUGGGAACCCUGGUGGCAGGUGUAAGCCUAAGCAAAGGGAUUUCAAUUCCUUCAUGGCAACCAUGCCACCUUUGCCGUAUGAAUCACUGACAAUUCCAUGUUUUGCAACGCCCAAGGUUAAAUCAAUAUAUAUUGGUUCAAACAAAAUGUAUGUUAAAGAUAAAGAGUAUGGGCAUUCGUACAUUUUCAAGUUGCGUUGGGAGAAUGACAAGUUGAAGAUUUCUGGUGGGUCAUGGAAAAGGUUUAUAGAACAUUUCAACAUGAAGACGGGUGACAAGAUGAUGUUUGAGUUAAGUGAAACCCCCGCCUCACCUCUAUUGAUCACCCCAUAUGAUCCAGAAUGCAACGACACCAAAGAGAGAGUAGCCGCUGAAGAUGAUGAUGACCUUUUUGAAAUGCAUGAUAAUCACAAUGUGGUUGUCAUAUCAAAGAAUAUAAAGCUGACUAUGGAAAAAAAAGGUUAACUGGAGAAACAAUCUUACCAAAAGGAAAGAAAGCGAGGGACCACUGCUCAUACACAAGCUGACAGUAAAAAACAUUGGACGCUGCAAGAUGAAAAUUGCAAAGAAAGCUGUUAAAUAUCUUCAUCUAAAAGAUGAAGGAGAUGUCAAGCUAGUGGGAACCAACAUUGACGAUGUGUAUGGGACCUAUAGCUUUACUGAAUCUGGAAGAAUGAUUUUGAGCAACCCGGCAUGGCACUAGUAGGGAAAAGCUCAUCUGUGGCUGAUAAAUUUUCAUAUACAACAAAAAAAAUUCAAAAAACUUUUUUUUGCAAAAAAACUCAAAAUUCCAAUUUUAAAAUUUUCACCAUUGUUGUAUUAGGUACGGGCAUGUCAGAGGAUUUCAGAUUUUGAAGAUUUUUUUCAUUUUCAAAUAAUUUUUUUA